AUGUCCGGUGUCAUCGGGACAGCUGUCUACAAAAGAUACUUUGAUAAUCCGGUCUCGUCGGUCCAAGGAGCUAUCACAGCGUCCAUGCCCUUUGGAUUCGUCUUUGCUCUCAUAUCAUCCUUCAUAGCAGAUCGUUACUCCCGGCGAUCUGCCAUCCAAUUCUCCUGUAUUAUCUGGAUCAUCGGAUCCAUCAUCCAAUGCGUCUGCAAUGGCAUUCCCAUGCUUGUCGUUGGCCGCACCAUCUCAGGAAUCUUCAUUGGCAUCGCCUCUACCAUCGUUCCCGUCUAUCAGUUCAAAAUAGCACCAAAGGAGAUCCGUGGCCGCAUUUAUUUCAUCCAAUACAGUGAGUCCUUUGUCGGCGGCGGGCCCAACGACCACAACCAGCCUGAGUUGGCCUUCCGCCUUCCGUGGGGCAUCCAGAUGUUCCCCGUCGUUCUCUUCUUCGUGGGCUUGUUCUUCCUGCCACGCAGCACGCGCUGGCUGGCGAGCAAGGACAUGUGGGAUGAGGCCAUCCAGGUGCUUGCCGACCUACACGCCGAUGGCGACAUGGACCAUCCGAAAGUGCUGGCUGACUACCAGGAAUUCAGGGGGCGCUGCGUUUAG